UUUCAGUCAUCGCAUAACACAACUCGGAUUCUUAAAUGCUUCGCUAUUUUUUUCUUUCUGUGCUAAUAACACCACAAAUUAUGGGUUAUUCUGUAGUAUGGCACCAAUCUAUAUUUAGAUGCGAUAACUAUAAUCAGUCCGUAGUCCAGCAGGAGACAACUUCGAUUCCAUUAAGUCAAGUGUGUGAUGGACGAAAGGAUUGUUCAGACGGCAGCGAUGAAUUCUUAGCAGUUUGCAAAUUAAAUCCCUCAGCACCUGAAUAUCGCCCACAAUUCUUCUAUUGUGCUUCCGGCGCACCAAUCUCAGAGAAAAAAGUUUGUGAUGGCAGUGAUGAUUGUUGGGAUAGAUCAGAUGAAUUGCCACUUAAUUGUAAUGACACAUUAGCUGAUCAAAUGCUUGAAUCUCAACGUGGAAAUUGCAGUCAAGGAGAGUGGCAAUGUGUGGAUAAGGAAUGUAUUCCGACCAACAGCUUAUGUGAUGGCAAAAUCGAUUGCAGUGAUGGAGCCGAUGAAGCAUUGGCCCAAUGCUACGAGAAGUGUGAGGAGGAUCAGUUUCAGUGCGGCAAUGGAAAAUGCAUUUCUAAUGAUACGGUUUGUGAUAAUACAAUCGACUGUCCAAUGGAUGGUGCUGAUGAGCUACAAACAGUCUGCAAGUAUGUUGAUCGGUAUAAACCGUCCAACUCAUAUCGUCCAUGUAACGAAGGGCCAGAAGCAAAAGUUAAAAGAAUCGGGAAUUUGUUUUCUGAGCGUUCCACAUAUCAUAUAGCUAAUGGCAUUAAAUAUGUGUUUCCCAACGAACCAGCUCACUUUAGUUGCCCCUAUUAUAGAACAUUGGUCGGAUUGGAAUGGAAUGUUUGCAUGUUAAAUGGAACCUGGCAUCACGACUUUCCAAAAUGUCUAAGUCCCCCGGAACUUAAAGCUUAUGAGGCAGAAUUGAACCGUACUAAUUUAAGUACAAACAAAAGUGGUUAAAAUAUUCUGUAUGAACACUCUAUAUGGUGUUUUCAACAAUUUCCUAAUGUAUAUUAAAUCAAUCACUA